AUGAUGUCUAACAUAAAAAUUACUACCAACAAGAGUGAAAUCAAGGUGUGGAAGCACCAAAAUACGGCAGCAGACAUUAGAGUUGAUGAUAUCCCACUCAGAGAACAACUGUCUGUCAGAUGGAUAGCGUCGUCGGUGACAAGUGGAGCGAAAGAGUUAAGAGUGCUGGCGCUGCUGCUGCUGUUGGCGGCGACAGCCACGGCCGCGUCUUCGAGGCGCCCGGCGGCCAAGGACGCGGCCGCUGACGUCAUCUCGGGGGUGUCGCUGGACCGGCCGCACACGCAGCGGCUGCUCAGGCGGCAGCUGCAGGAGCUGGAGCGUCAGGACAGGCGGCCGAGGCCCGGGGGCCGCGACCAGCGCCGCUACGCGCUGGGGGGCUUCGGAGGCGGCGGACACGGGGGAGCCAGCCUGGGGGGCUUCGGAGGCGGCGGACUGGGGGGCGGCGGACUGGGGGGCGCCAGCCUCGGGGGCGGAGGACUGGGGGGCGGCUUCGGGCCGCUCGUGCUCAGCCCCUCCCUCAUCGACACGUCUUCUCUCGGAGCUACAGGCCACCAGCCUCGCACUCCGGUGUACCACGCGACGCCGCUGCAGCCGUUCGGCGCGCUGCUGCCGUCGCGGCCCGCGGAGGAGCCCAAACCCAUAGAGGAGGAGCAGCUGGAGGACCACGAGCCGCCGCCAGCCGCAGUAGCCGUGCCUGCCCCGGCCAGCCACGGCCAGGAGCAUAGCCCGGCCGCCGCCAGCUACCAGAACGCAGAGUACAAGAUCGUCGAGCCCGCCUACCGUCACCAGCUGCACCACGACGAGGACGAAGGGCAUGGGCAGUACGCGGCCAAGUAUCAAUUCGGCUACCAGGUGCGCGACCCUAAGACCGGCAGCUACUUCGGGCACACCGAGUCUCGCAGCGGCCACCUGACCAAAGGACACUACCAUGUGCUGCUGCCCGACGGCAGGUUACAGAACGUGCAGUACUGGGCAGAUCCGUCCGGCUACCACGCACAGGUGUCCUUCAACGGCGUCGCCAAGCACCCUCCGUCAAGCACCUCGGCGCACAACCACGCGCCUGCACCGCUGCCUGCGCUUGUGCACCCCGGCUACGGCUACGGGGCGGCGCUCAAGAGGGUAGCCGCCGAACGGAAGGAGGGGGAGGCGCAGGGGGAGGGUGACCAGCGCUAACGUCACACGAGUGGUCCGCUCUGAGGGUGUCGGCAGCGUAACGGACUACUCUGCUCUCCACAUGGAAUUAGCUGCUUCCUAUUCAGUCGAGUCUCAGUAACACUUGCCCAGGCAGAGACACAUGCAGUGGCCAGUGAGAUCCAGUAUCAUCACCAUCAUCAUUUUCCUCUGAAUCACUGGUCUCAACCUUAAAAAUCUCACGUUAUUCUCAACAUUCCCUCCAUUGUUUUAUCUUGUAGCAAACAGUCACGCAACUCUUGAUUUCAUUUCAUUUAUGAUUGUUUGUGAACUCCAUUACUAGAUAAGAAAAUUAAAAAGAAUGGUCAUCAGUUGGAAGAUUAGUUUGAACAUCACAGUGCAUCACUGGCCAUUCUAAUGAAGGUAUACCUCACAUUGACCUCCUAAGCCCCUGUCUGGAUUUCAUCUGGAGAAUGAAAUCAUGCAUCUCCUAAUUUUAUUGUAUUUAUGAUGUCUUGUGAACUCCAUUACUGGAUAAGAAAAUAAAAAGAGGUCAUCAACCGGAAGGUCGGCUUGAACACCACAGUGCAUCACUGGCCAUACUGUUGUAGAUGACAUGCCAUUUGCCUUCUUCCGACUUUUGAACCGACUUACCUAACCAGGCAUAGUGGAACCAACUAGUUAAAGUGAACACUUGACUCCAAACGACGAUGUAUCUUGCAUUUUCUGUAUUAACCAAUCAUUAUGAGAGAUGAGAGACAAGUGACAGGCCAAUGGGGAUGUAAAACUUCCUCUUUAGUUUCACUUUGCAAGAACAACAUAGAUCUAUAUCCUCACUGAUGGUUGCCUCAGAAAAAUUUCACAGGAAACUAUCUCAAACUUAUUCAAACAUCCAGUGAAUGUUUAUUCUUUCAAAGACUGUGAUUUUAGUUUCUAUUACUUCUUCGUCAGACAGAGAUGGUGGUCUAACGAAGAGAAGUUUGAUUAUAGAUGAACAAAGUUUCUUUCUAAAUCGAAUAUCGGGACUGCACGAGAAUAGUUGUAAUAUAAGUUCUGUUGUAAUGUAAGUUCUGUUCACUCCUUAGGAAGUUUGACUGGAGCACAUGAACAGUUGAUCCCUAUCGAACGUUAAGUUUUAUGGCCCAUAAUUCUUAGGGAUUAGAGCGUAUCUUUAUAACAUAGUAAGUCUGGAACGCUGCGGAGUUUAACUCAUCUUUUUGAUGUUGUUGCAGAUAGUUAAAAUCCAGAAAUAACUUCCACAGUCGACAUCAGAAUUAGGUGGCGAAUAUUUAACUUUCAUAACCCAUACCGUUCCUUAAGUAUUCCACUUUUACCAUAGUUUAUUGGUCACAGUAGCAAAUAACAGCCAAACCAAUGUUAUCUGCGAACGGUGUGAUUUAUACCAGCUGCACUUCUAUUGUUAUUUGAUCUGUUUGUCUAUGGCGGAAACAGAAUCUACACAGUGGAUUAGACUAUGAGAUAUUAACUAGAAACCGUCAAACUAUUUGCUCUAUUCUUCCCGGCGCCGAGGUCAGAGUAAAAUAUUCAGACCUAGCUUAUCUGUCACAAAGCUGUUGAGAAAUAUGUGAGAUCAAAAUAUUUUACAUAAUCACCUUAAAUCAAUUUUUCAAAAUUAUUUCCCUGUUACUACGGAAUUCGAAUACAACUGGCCAAAUAGUUCUCGUUUCUAAGGCGUAAUUAGUGUUGACACCUAUAAAUGUAAGUAAUGGGAAAUACGCCGUCAUCCAUUAAGUAUCCUGUCACUCUAUAUCACCACUGCCUUCAGAAACGAUUCGAUUAUUGUGGGUUGCAUUAGUCAGAUUCGAAGCUAUCAGUUUUUAAGAUUUCCGAGUAAAAGAAGUCAGUUACGGUUAUUCUGACUCCUCCUGUAGAACUAAAGAAUGGUGCCUUCACAUUUUUUAUUUUCAGACUGAUACUGCACGUCGUUCAGGCAACAACACUUUCUUUGAGUAGAUGUUCGUUAGUAUGAGGCUCUAUUCCAUGAUGUGAGCUGCCGACACGCCCUCAGAUGAAGUAUCUAUUACCUAUCCUAGCUGUAACAUGUAUACUGCCAUAAUUUAUUUCAUUACUCUAGCAGUGUCAUCAGCUACGUUAGACAAAGACUCACUCAUCUAACUCAUCGCUACAUGCUUCCAAUUCAGAUAUCGCAGCAUCUUUCAGUUAGGCAGGCAAUACCCAACGUUCGCCUAAGCAUACAUAAACGUCCAAAAGCACAGGCAGUUACCUGCCGCGAUGUUCAAACUAUUAGCAGCCUAUGCUAAAUGUGAAACGAAGAUUCUAGUAGACAAAUCGUCUUUUUUGAGGAAACAUGUAUAGAAACAAGAAAAGAUGAUUUGUGACGAAUGUACAACAAUUUCACAUGAAAUACCUUACAAAUCUUUACUUUGCGUGAUUCUGUUAAUUUAUAUACUUUAAACUGUGAGACAUAUUCUGUUUCAAAAGUGUUUACUACAAAUAUAUUUUAAUAUUUUAUUGUGCUCUUUGUAGGUUUACAAAUGUGAUAGAAGGCCACUGGGAAAUGUGCAAUAUUGUAUUGAUCUCAGACAAUACACACCACUUACCUGAUAUCCA